AUGAAUCGCUUUGUGUUGUGUUUUGUUAAUAUGCUCGUAUUUGGAUUUGGAGUCAAUACAAGUAUCAUUCACACUAAUUUGGAUAAGAGUGUUGAGGACUUUAAAACAGUGGACCUAAGUGGCAUGUUUAAUUAUCCGCCUGAUGAAAAAAGAGAGUUGAAAAUGGACUAUCGCCGAAAAUAUCAACUACGAUUUGAUCCAGCUUCUUUGAAACAAAGCCCUAGUCUGCCCAUUCCGAAUUUUCCAACGAACGAUGGAGAGUUCAAUAUUGACGAUUUAGCGGCUCAACUACCCAAUUCGAUUCCUCCGGGGUUCCCUGCAUUACCAGCUAAUUUUCCUCAAUCGAUACCCAAUGCAGCUCCAAAUGGAAUCAAUAAUAACUUUCCCACUUCUCCUAUCACUCCUGGCACCUUCAAUAAUAAUACGCUACCUAGUCCCCAGACUAACCCUAUAUCGCCUCCCAAUGUCAACAAUAAUUUUAUACCACCGCCACCAAACUUUUUCGCAAACCAAACAAACAGUUUACCCAGUAAUCCUAACCAAUUUACGACCAUAAAUCCGAAUAUAGGAUUUCAGACUCCCGUGCCUAGCUUUCUUCCCAACCUAAACCCCAUACCCACUCUUCAAAACGCUCUUGCCAUCAACUCUGCUAUUCAGCCGUUGGCAGCUAUAAUACCCCAAAGCCAACCGGCAUUCGCGACAAACAUUGCCCGACCUGUCAAAAAACCACAACCCACUCCUACAUUUGUGAAAAGGCCGGAAAGUAGCAGGGGCUUUUUAAAUUUGUUUGACGUUAUCAAGUUUAAGAAUGAACCGUGCAGUGGCUCCUUAAAUCGUAUUCGUUGGAUCAAUGGGACGUGCUUCUAUAAAUCAGAGUGUAUUGAACGUGGUGGAGUUAUAGCAGGAUCAUGUGCCGAUGGAUAUGGAGUUUGUUGCGUUUUUAAAUAUGGAUGCGGAAGUGAAACACAGGAGGAAAUAAGCUACCUAGAAAGCCCAAACUAUCCACUGGCUACAUCGCAACCUCUCACUUGUGGGUUCGUUUUGCAUUUACAACCGGGAAUUCAACAAGUGAGGAUUGACUUACUCUUCUUCGAGCUAAGACAACCAGUACUAGGGAACUGCGUUGAUGAUCAAUUCGUCGUGUCCGGACAAAAUAAGAACUUCCUGGUUCCAAUAAUUUGCGGCAUUAAUAGCGGUCAACAUAUGUAUAUAGAUGUUGAUACGGCGCCUGAAAGGCAACUUCAAAUAUCGGUUGUUGGGAGGAGUGCUGCGCCUAGAGGUUUUAGUAUAAGAAUUAUACAGCUACGAUACUACUUAGCACCGAGAUAUUGUCUACAGUAUUUCACGGAACCUACAGGAUAUAUCAAAUCAUUUAACUAUGAUAACGUUGGCAAUAUUGUAGAAGGAAGGAUGGCUUCUUACUUGAAUAAUUUAAACUAUGCUAUCUGCAUUGAACGAAUGCCUGAUAAAUGUUCAAUCACAUACACAAAUCAAGUUGCUGAAGGAGAAUUGCCGUUUCAACUUAUAAACGUUAACGAACAAAUGGUGCCGCUCGUACCACCAGGACUGGCCGGAGUGGAUGUUUUCAACUGUCCAGAUGAUUUUAUUGCCGUCAACAGCGUCCAUUUGUGCGGCAGCAAGCUCAACGAUGGAAGUGUUUCACAAAAUUUCAAUGAAAAUGCUCCAGUAACAGAAUAUGGUGCGGGUCCUAUAGUUAUUCCCUUCCAAUCGGAUGAGGCGGUGGUAGGACGUGGAUUCAAACUCAUUUAUUAUCAAGAAGCAUGCGACUGAUGGCUCCCGUUAAUACUAAGGAUCGUUUUAUUUAUUUUAUUUAUUCAGCUUAGCAUUAAUUUUAAUGAAAUUCAGGAUACUUAAUAUACCUUAUAAUUUGCACUACUUUUUACACAUUCUUUGUAAAUUCCAGAAAUAUAUUCUUGAAUCAA